AGUGCGGGGCGGGGCAGCGGCGGAAGAUGGCGGCGGAGGUCCCUCAGCAGCAGCCGGAGCCGCUCGGCCCCGACGCGGACGGAGUGAACUGCUUAGCCUACGACGAAGCCAUCAUGGCGCAGCAGGACCGCAUCCAGCAGGAGAUCGCAGUGCAGAACCCGCUGGUGUCGGAGCGCCUGGAGCUGGCGGUGCUGUACAAGGAGUACGCGCAGGACGACCACAUCUACCAGCAGAAGAUCAAGGACCUCCUGCAGAAGUACUCCUACAUCCGCAAAACGCGGCCGGAUGGGAACUGCUUCUACCGCGCCUUCGGCUUCGCUCACCUGGAGGCGCUGCUGGAGGACAGCCAGGAGCUGCAGCGCUUCAAGGAGAUCUCGGCACGCAGCAAGGACGAGUUGGUGGCCCAGGGCUUCACCGAGUUCACGAUCGAGGACUUCCACAACACGUUCAUGGAGCUGAUUGAGCGCGUGGAGCGCGGCGUGCCGCUGCCGGAGCUGCUGGCGGCCUUCAAUGAGCCCAGCACCUCGGACUACCUGGUGGUUUACCUCCGCCUGCUCACCUCGGGCUGCCUGCAGCGCCACCGCCGCUUCUUCGAGCAGUUCCUGGAGGGCGGGCGCAGCAUCAAGGAGUUCUGCCAGCAGGAGGUGGAGCCCAUGUGCAAGGAGAGCGACCACAUCCACAUCAUCGCGCUGGCGCGGGCGCUGCAGGUGCCGGUGUUGGUGGAAUACAUGGACCGGGGUGAGGGCGGUGCCACCAACCCCCACGUGUUCCCCGAGGGCUCACAGCCACGCGUCUGCCUCCUCUACCGCCCCGGCCACUACGACAUCCUCUACAAGUGACCGCGCCGCUCGCACGGCCUCGCACCAUUCCCCCCGGGGGCCGUGCGGGGCUUUGCACGAGGCCUGCGGGGCCGUGCGCGGCCCGCCGUGGCCUCACGAGGCUCUUGCACGAGUCCUCCGUGGUGGUGCGCGGCCCCAUCCAGCCUUGCACGAGUCCCCCUGGGCCGUGCGCGGCUCCUUCGGGCCUUGCACGAGGCCUGCGGGGCCCUGCGUGGCUUCCCGUGGCACCGCGAGGUCCUCACACGAGUCUCACAGGCCUUUGCACGGCCACGCCUGGCCUUGCACGAGUCCCGCAGGGCCCCGUCAGGCCUUGCACAACCCUCCAGGGUCUUCAGCAGCCUCACGUGGGCCUUGCACGAGCCCUGCAGGGCCUUGCACGAGUCCCCGUGCACCCUUGCACGGCCCUCGUGCAUCCUCCCCCCCCCUCGGUUCCAAAUAAAGACGUGGCCCCCCCCA